AGGAAGUCCGCGCGGGCGGCGCGGACAGAAGCUGUGAGGACCUGGAGCACGCAGACCUCUCCGUCUUAACGCACAUCUGGGUGUCUGCAGCACUCUCCGCUUCUCUCCCAGGCGACGAGACUCGGCGGUUAGAAAUCCACCAUGUCUAUUCUCAAGAUCCAUGCCAGGGAGAUCUUUGACUCUCGUGGGAAUCCCACUGUUGAGGUUGAUCUCUUCACUGCAAAAGGUCUCUUCAGAGCUGCUGUGCCCAGUGGUGCUUCAACUGGUAUCUAUGAGGCCCUAGAGCUCCGGGACAAUGAUAAGACUCGCUAUAUGGGGAAGGGUGUCUCAAAGGCUGUUGAGCACAUCAAUAAAACUAUUGCGCCUGCCCUGGUUAGCAAGAAACUGAAUGUCACAGAACAAGAGAAGAUUGACAAACUGAUGAUCGAGAUGGAUGGAACAGAAAAUAAAUCUAAGUUUGGUGCAAAUGCCAUUCUGGGGGUGUCCCUUGCUGUCUGCAAAGCCGGUGCUGUUGAGAAGGGGGUCCCUCUGUACCGCCACAUUGCUGACUUGGCUGGCAACUCCGAAGUCAUCCUGCCAGUGCCGAGUGCAGGAAUCCAGGUGGUUGGGGAUGAUCUCACAGUGACCAACCCGAAGAGGAUUGCCAAGGCUGCAAAUGAGAAGUCCUGCAACUGCCUCCUGCUCAAAGUGAACCAGAUUGGCUCCGUGACCGAGUCCCUGCAGGCGUGCAAGUUGGCUCAGGCCAAUGGUUGGGGCGUCAUGGUGUCUCAUCGUUCCGGGGAGACUGAAGAUACCUUCAUCGCCGACCUGGUGGUGGGGCUGUGCACUGGGCAGAUCAAGACUGGUGCCCCUUGCCGAUCUGAGCGCUUGGCCAAGUACAACCAGCUCCUCAGAAUUGAAGAGGAGCUGGGCAGCAAGGCUAAGUUUGCUGGCAGGAACUUCAGAAACCCCAUGGCCAAGUAAGCGGUGGGCAGGCCAGCCCUUCAGUCGCCUGUUGGCUGAUUAGACUCCCCCCCUCGUGUCAGCUCGGGCAGCUCCAGGCCCCCCGACCAACACUUGCAGGGGCCCCUGCUAGUUAGCUCCCCUCGCCCACCACCGUGGGGUUCGCACUGCUUCCUUAGAACUUCUACAGAAGCCCAGCUCCCCGGAGCCCUCAUGGCAGCCCUAGCUUCACAGUCGUGUAAUUGGCCCAAAUCGUGGUUUUUCUCGCCUCACUUUCCACCAAGUGUCUGGAGCAAUAUGAACCUCCAGUGUCCUCUCCGGGGUGGCCACAGGCAAGAUCCCCAGUGGUUUUGUGCUCAAAAUAAAAGCCAUCAGUGAACCAUGAGAAUA